ACUCCAGUUACACUCCUCUAUCUUCAAUGGCGUGUUUGGAGCAACCUGUCUACCUCUGUGUACACGUGUAGGCAGACCUGCUGCUGUAGCUCUGUCCGUUUCGUUUCAACCAUGUCUGUAAUCAAAACUAGUUUAAAACUGUUCCUGUUCGGUGCUGUCACCGUCCUGGCCGUGCUGCUGCUGCGACACUGGAUGGCCACCAAGCAGUACGUUUUCAAUAAGGAAGACGUCGCCAGACUGGCCAAACAGUACGCAGGACAGGACCAUGAACAGGCCUUCUCGAAAGUGGUGGUGGAGCUCAGGAAGAGGUAUCCUGGCCACAUCCUGCCAGAUGAGGACCUGCAGUGGGUGUUUGUCAACGCCGGUGGUUGGAUGGGCUCAAUGUGUCUUCUGCACGCCUCGCUCACAGAGUACCUGCUGCUGUUCGGGACUGCAGUAGACACAGGAGGACACUCAGGUCGUUACUGGGCUGAGAUUUCUGACACCAUCAUAUCCGGCACCUUCAGACAGUGGAAGGAGGGGACAACAAAGAGUGAAAUAUACUACCCUGGUGACACCAUCGUACACAGUGUAGGCGAGGCCACGUCGGUCCAGUGGAGCACCGGGACGUGGAUGGUGGAGUACGGCAGAGGUUUCAUCCCCUCCACACUGGGAUUUGCUCUGGCUGACACCUUGUUCAGCACCCAGGACUUCCUCACAAUGUUCUAUACCAUGCGUGUCUAUGUCAAGGGUCUGCUGCUUGAGGCUGGUACACUACUUACAGAGGCCGGAGUUUUCUGAGGCACCAUCGAGGCUUGGACGCCCGCACAAGGACAAUUACAUCAGAGGUUCGCCUUGUCAUCACACAGUUUUGUCCCUGAACACUUGCAUCUAGCAUGGGGAAAAAAUCUGGGCUUGAACAAUCAAGAUCAAAUAUUUUUUCCUGGAAUUGUAGACAAGCCAAAAUAGCAUCAGUACAGUAAUACAUUGAAGUUCUUGCCCCUCAUUAAGGAUAUCCAAAAUAAAAUGAUUAAGUCCCUUUCCCUUCAACCUAUGAAAUCAGACAGCAUCAACAACAGUGCAAUAUUUUCUCAACACUUUAGUCUCCACAGUAAGCAUUCCUCUGAUAGCUUAAACUGCCUCUGUUGUUGGUAAGGUCUUAAAUUGUUUUUUAAAGAUCUGGCUUAAAGAAUAGACCCCCAAAAACCUUUUUCACAGGUAGUUUGCCAAAUCUAAGAUUUUUCUUCUGGGAAUAAUGAGACCGUAUUUGUAAGCAUGCUUUUGAGCAACCCAUCACUAAUAAGUACGGAUUAUAAAAUGCUCAAGCAGUGAUUAAAAAACAAAUUUGGGGACCAAGAAAUCACUUUUAAAACAAAUAUGCAAUUCUUGAUUUAGCUUGUAAAAAUAUAUAAUGCAAAGCCAAAGCACGUUAUUUUCUUAGUAAAUAACCAUUUCACAUAUUUAUGCAUUGGAUUCUCAGUACAUCAAGCCAGUCACAAAAAACAAUGUCAAGAAGCAUGUUUGCUCCAAAGUCCAAAACACUCUUGAACUUUGUCUCCCAGUUCCUCAUUCACAGUCCAUGAUCUCUUUAUACUAUAUAGUUUAAAAAGAAAAAAUGAAAUCCUGAUGGGAUAUGGUGGAGAAAACUGCCUGGAUGAUGUGUUUGCAAUGUCCCGUGUUAUGGAUCAAUCAGUAGGAGUCAUAGUCAGGUUCAUGAAAGCUCCCAGUUUUUGAAUGAUUAUAGACACUGUAAUGGUGUGUUCUUAACUACAUCUGAGCUACUAUGCAGUCACAGAUUGUAAUUUUCACAUUUCUCCUUUGAGGGUUAUCUAUAAUGUCCAGUGACAGUUUUUUUAAAACUGUAAAGUGGAAAAUUGACACCACAUAUUGUACACAAUGGUGCUGUUAAACACCAAGAGAUACAUGAAAUAUGUCAAUGUUCUAUGAGCUUACAUAGACUUGGCACAAUCAUUUUGAAAAUGUAACUGUAGAGGUAAACUUGAAUAAUAUUGCGCUCUGACCAAGUAAGGAUUCUUGGCUUUAGUGCCCUCAGCCUCAGUUCAUUUUCUGAAUCUUUGCACUAACCCAAUAGGGAAAACAUAAGAGUAUCCAUAGGCCUCAUCCUCUACAAUCCACAUUGUUAUAUAAUGCUAAGAGAAGAAAUGGCUGAAAAUCAAAGCCUAUUGGAAAUAAUAUUUAUUUACUUCAUUUGGAAAUUUAACUCUACAAGCAAAUCACUGCUGCUGAGUCCACUAUCUCCCCGUUUGUACCUUUUCAGAUGAAAGUCUUAUUUUCAGACUGAUGCCUGAAUCCAUCAAGGGUCAUAUAGGGUUCAGCGGGAGUCUUCAUUUUAUUGCAUAACUACCCAAACUCUCAAGUUUUUUGAUUUAAUUACAGCAGUGGCAAUGUGGUCUCAUGGAGGGAUGGUGAAACAAAAAAGAAUUAUUGCUGUACCACAAAUGUUGAUGAGCGGAUGUGCAAUUUACUUUAAUGAUAAAAACUGACAGAGAAAAUAAAUGUUUU